AUGUUAUUGGGCAGGCAGCUAUUUCAAGGACCAGAACCCUUUUCAGUAGACGAUACCGAAAAAUUCUUCAGUUUCUCCUUAGACUUCCAAGUUCUGACAUCUCUCUCGGAAAAUCUUUGCUUUCCUCGGCCUUCGGCGCAGGCGCAAUAAGUGCGAACAUUUAUCGUUUGCGAAAACAAAUUCGUUGUUCUUGAUUGCCCAGAAAAAAAAUUAAUUUUAUGGUGUUCUUAUUCGUUCGAGAUGAAAUAAUUAUUCUUGUAUGAUUCUCAUUUGAUGAGACUGAUAAUCUGAGACAGGAAUUACAAUUUUCAUAAAAUUCUUUUUGUUUUAAAUUAUGGAUAGGUAUGGCGUUCUGCAAAUAGGAAGCUUUCUUAUUUUGCAUUGAUUGCUUAUAUUGCAUUUGAAUGCUUGCAUUUUAAAAAAAUCUUGUCAUAAAUAUUGCUUUUAUUGAACUAAAUUACGAAAGUAUAUCCAUGUAAAACUUCUGAAAUUUAGUGAAUUCAUGGAUCCUUGUGAAAUUGCUAGAACCUUGAUAUAUCAUCAAAAUUUAUAACUUCUUAUUUCAUCAAUUAUUUAUAUCAGUGAUCGAGAAGUAAUCAAAUGUGAAAGGAGAAAUUUUAAAAUCAUCUCCUUAUUUAUUUAUUACUUAAUAUAAUUGGAAGCAACUACUUAAUUUACUUAGGAGCAGUUAGAGCUGUAUUCAGUUUUUUUUCUGGAGGUUCAGAAAAGAAAGAAUACUCAACAAUUAUAAUGGAUUCCAUUAAUGCCCUUAAAAGGGGCAUAGAAGGCAGAAAAUUGGAAAAAACAGCCUCACAGCCAGAUUUUCAUUCAAGUCGUCUAUGUAGCAUUGCUACUUUAGAGAGGAAACAUAGUAGUGGGGACUUACAAAGCCGUCUCAAGACAAGGAAAAUCCUUGGAGUCGGCGAGACGGACAAUGGCGACGUCCACAGGUCAAAGAUCAGUCAAGUCCUUGGACACAACGAGCAUCUGUUCGUCAAAUUACCUCGCUGUUACUGGGUGUGGCAUCUCGGCAUGGCAAUGGUGUUCACAAUAGCAGGAGUGACGCAUAUUUUUGCCCCUUACACAAAGCCAGACAGUUCCCCGGAAAAAGAAACAUCCCAGCCACUUCAAAUGAUGGCAAGUCUUUACGGAUCAGUAUUAUUAGGCUUUGCUUUUCUGCUUUGGAGUUUCUUUGGUACAACAGACAAAUCCAUAGCCAGAGGACUCAUGUCAGCAAUAGCCAUUGCCAUGAUUGCUCAACUUUUCUCACUGUUGAGUUUUGCUUAUCAAAACCAGAUUUGGGACAUGCAAGUACAUUCAGACAUCUUUAUUCGACUGUUCCUACUAACAGGAAGCGGGUACUUUUUCUGGGCUAUUGGAUCCAGUCGAGCUGGGCUUCGAAAAUCUUUAUCCAACAAAGAUUUAAGAGAGAAGCCCACUCCAGAUGACCAGCAUUCAAGUCCAGUAAGUCCAAUUGCAAAGCAACCCGAUAAAAAAACAGAUUAAAACCACAAGUUGAGGAGAAAUACCUAAACUUCCUGAUGCUUCAUGUAUUGAACUACUUGGCUCUUAAUGUAAUUUUUAAUGUAUUACAUACUUUCAGCUUAUUCAUUGUACAUUUAAUUUCUUUUCAGAGUUUAAAGAAAAAAAAGUUAGAUAAAUUGUAAAGCAAUUGUUAUAUUGAGAUACUGAAGAGAAAGAAAAAAAAUGACAAAAAUUUAUAAAAUUACCUUAAACCAUUUUUUCAUUCAAUGGUCUCAUAAAAAUUGAGAUAUCUGUAAAUAUAAACAUGAAUCAUGCAACUACUUUUAUAGCUUCAAAAACAAAUUCUGAUGGUUAAAAAGUUGUAAUAAACAGAAAAAUACUUAAUAAUUUCAUUUGAGAUUUAAGUUAAAUUGACAAAAUCCAUCAUGACUUCUAUUUCUGUUAUACAUCAGAAAAUCUUGAGUUCACCAUCAUACAGCAUUUCCUGUCAUUCUAGAAUGUAAAGAAAAAAUAUAUAGUAAGCUGAAUAAUACAUUUAUUUCUUGUUAAGCUGGAUAGUGCUGUCAAAUCCAUGUGUGUUGGCUUAGCGAGAUGUUAUUUAGCAAUAAUUUCUCAACUGAUUAUUCCAAAAUAAAACUUUUCCUAUUAAUGUUUAUUCACAUUGUAAAGUAAUAACCAGAAUAAAACCUGUAACUGCAAAUAAAUAAUACUAUGGACAAUUCUCUGAUUAUGACUGUACAAUAUUUAUGAAGCAAGCAAAAUACUAUUAAACCUUUUCUUUAUUAUUAUUAUUAUUUAAAAUUUAUAUAGAUAUAUACAUUUGAUGUCACUGAUAAUUUUUUAAUAAUAAUUUUUCUCUGUUUAUUAUUGAGAAAAUCUGCUCACAAUCUAUGAUUUUAAUGGACAUCCAUAUUCUAUGCAAUAUUUUGAGCUGAAAUUUUCAAAAAUACUUUAAGAUGUGGCUCUUCCUAGAACCCUAAAGUUUCUGAUAAAAAAAAAAUCUACAGCUUCAUAUUACUCUUCAGUGAGAAUGAAGCUGUUAGAUAUUUAUUUCAUUGUAUUCAUACUUUACUUCAAUAAAUCAAUGACGUAACAAACAUUUUGUUACAGUACCUAUAGUAUUUACAUUUUUUUUAAAUUAGUAUAUUGAGUUAUGGUAAUGAGAAAAAUUAAAAUAGCUUGCUUGUAAAAUCCAAAGAAGAUUCAAAUGAUUUGUGUUGUUCUAGUAGCCUAAGUACAAAUCAAAGUAAAUGAAUUUUACACUUUGACUUUUUAUGGACUUAUAUGUGUUUGAUUCUUCAUUUAAAUAUCCCUGAUGAUAUCUAGAGUAUUGUCCUAUCCAUAAUGAAAUUUUAAAAGGCUACUUGCAAAAAUUUUUUAGUUACCCAAAUCAAAUGAAACAAAAAGAUUAAACAUUUGUUCAAAUAUUCAACUAUCUCUUCGAUGAACAGUUCUCAUAUUGUUGUAUGAAUGUGCAAGAAAACAAGUUGCUAUAAUAAACAUUCUUCAUCUUG